CGCACAACACAACAGACCGCUUCUUGACGUUAGCUGUAAAAUUCAACAUCAGCUCCGGAUAAAAGAGUUAAAACUUCUCAGUUUGGUCGCCACAAUGAAAGAUGUUAGCGGGUACCUCAAACAGCAGCAGAGCAGCAGCUCCACGCCGGAGAUGGCGAAGGAGUGGCACACGCUGGAGGAUUUGUACAACAAAAGACUGUGGCACCAGUUGACUCUCAGACUGACAGACUUUGUUAAGGACCCUUGCUUUAAAACAGGAGAUGGCCUCAUACAGCUUUAUGACAACUUCCUCAGUGACUUCGAACACAGAAUCAACCCGCUGUCCCUCAUGGAGAUUAUACUGUACGUCGCCCGACAGAUGAAAGACCCUAAAGAUGCCAUCACUUUUCUCGAGAAGACCAAGGAAAAGGUGAAAAGCAGCGAUGAAGCCGUCAUUCUCUGCAAGACGUCUAUCGGCAGCCUUAAACUGGAGAUCAACGAUCUUCCCGCCACAAAGAAAAUCAUUGAGGAAGUUGAGGAAAUGUUGAAUAACUUACCGGGGGUGACGUCAGUCCACGGCCGGUUUUAUGACCUCUCCAGCAAAUAUUAUCGCAUCAUCGGGAACCACGCCUCCUACUACAAGGACGCCCUGCGCUACCUCGGCUGUGUGGACAUCAAGGACCUCCCAGAGACGGAGAAGCAGGAGCGGGCGUUCACGCUGGGAUUAGCCGGACUUUUGGGAGAAGGAGUUUACAACUUUGGAGAGCUGCUGAUGCAUCCUGUGCUGGAGUCCCUGAGGAACACGGACAAACAGUGGCUCAUCGAUACGCUUUACGCCUUCAACGGAGGAAACGUGGAGAAAUUCCAGGGCUUCAAGUCUGCGUGGGGACAACAGCCCGACCUCGCAGCACAUGAAGCCAAACUGAUGCAGAAGAUCCAGCUGCUCUGCGUGAUGGAGAUGACUUUCACUCGUCCUGCGAACCACAGACAGCUCACCUUCACUGAGAUCGCUCAGAGCGCUAAAAUCCCCGUUAAUGAGGUGGAGCUGCUGGUGAUGAAGGCGCUGUCUGUGGGCCUGAUCAAAGGGAACAUUGAUGAGGUGGACCAGAAGGUGCAGAUGACCUGGGUGCAACCCCGAGUCCUGGACCUGCAGCAGGUCAGUCCUCCCCCUGCCCCGAAUCCUUUUCAAGAGGAAAAAAGACUUAUUAUU